AGUUUUGGAGUGGAUGUCAGAAACAAUGGCGGAGACAGAAGUCAAAUCUGAGAAUACAGAGCAGCCAAGAGAGCUCGUCAGAGGUGUCUUGUCUCCAAAAUUCACUGCUGGACCCCACGGACUAGGUGAUCCUGAUGACAAAUCUCUAAGGAAACUGGAAAAACAGGUGCUCAUUCCCCAGAAAAUACGGCAGAAAACGAGAACUGAGAAAUGCGUGGACGAGGUUAGAGCCUUUACCGAAUGUGGGAAAGAGGCUGGUCUCCUAGUCUGGCUAGACUGCAGAGACGCUAACAAAAAGCUAUGGGAUUGUGCAGAAAAAUGGUUCUACGACAAGGAUUUUGUUGCCCAGUGUACAGAGGAAUAUCUCAACGAAAGGAGUGAAUACAGAAGGACUGGAGUUGGCGUCAAGUACAUGAAACGAAAGCACUCGGCGAUGUUUUAAUUUAAUAAAUUAUGUUCUACUCGUAAAAAAAAUUACAAGCUGAAAUAUUCAGUUUAUGUACAUAACUA